AACGAAAAGAUUGAUACGAGUACGUACGUCUACUAGCACACGUAAUUCGCAAACACGGGGUAUUAAGACAACUAUGCCUACUAAUACUAGCCAGGCAGGGGGCGUUACGGUUGCUUCCAACCGGAAUGGGAGUGUAAGGGUAUCGAUAACGAGGACGUUCGAGUCAGGGGCGAUUGAUGAAGCUGUCUUAGAGUGGGUGAAGGGUCAAAACUGUUGGAAUAAGGAGGGUGCUACUUGUUCUAUAGCUAGCUCAGAGGUAGAGUCGUCUACUUGUCUAGCGAUAGACUCAGAGGUAGCGAAUCGAUAGGUUCUAGAAUAUAAAGAGAGAAAUAAUGCUAGGGGAGAGAGAUAAGUGUAAUGGGCUGCGCCCGUGGAGUGAAAGCACGUGAUUGUAUCACGUGCCUACAUCACGUGCCU